AGGCCGCCGCCGCGGGACGAGCCCAGGCUCCGGGCCGAGGCCGCCCCGGAAAUGCUCUCUGCCGGCGUCAACAUGGCCGCGGCCGUGCGCGCUGCGGGCGUGCUAUCCCGCGCUCCGCUGGUGCAUGGCCCCUGGAGGGCCCGUCAGCCAUGGAGGUGCCAGUCGGGUGCAGCUGCAGCAGCCACUACCGAGACAGCGCGUUGUGCCCAAAGAGAAAAACCUCAAGUUCGACCAGAAAAGAGGAGGCCCAAAACCGGAAUCCUGAUGCUGAACAUGGGGGGGCCAGAGACGCUCGGAGAAGUCCACGACUUCCUGCUGAGGCUCUUCUUGGACCGAGACCUCAUGACCCUGCCUGUUCAGAGUAAGCUGGCACCAUUCAUCGCUAAACGCCGGACCCCCAAAAUUCAAGAGCAGUAUCGCAGGAUUGGAGGUGGAUCCCCCAUAAAGAUGUGGACUUCCAGGCAAGGAGAAGGCAUGGUAAAGCUGCUGGAUGAGCUGUCUCCCGACACAGCACCUCACAAAUACUAUAUUGGAUUCCGGUACGUCCAUCCUUUAACGGAGGAAGCAAUUGAAGAGAUGGAGAGAGAUGGGCUGGACAGGGCUAUUGCGUUCACCCAGUAUCCGCAGUACAGCUGCUCUACCACAGGCAGCAGCUUAAACGCCAUUUCCAGAUACUAUAACAAAGCAGGGCGGAAGCCCACCAUGAAGUGGAGCACAAUUGACAGGUGGCCCACCCACCCCCUCCUCAUCCAGUGCUUUGCGGACCAUAUUCUGAACGAGCUGGACCAUUUUCCACCGGAGACGAGGAGCGAGGUGGUCAUUCUCUUUUCUGCUCACUCACUGCCCAUGUCUGUGGUCAACAGAGGGGACCCUUAUCCUCAGGAGGUAGGCGCCACUGUUCACAAAGUCAUGGAGAAGCUGGGUUACUCCAACCCCUACAGACUGGUUUGGCAAUCCAAGGUUGGUCCAGUACCGUGGUUGGGCCCUCAGACAGACGAGGCCAUCCAGGGACUGUGUGAGAGGGGCUGGAGAAAUAUCCUCUUGGUUCCGAUCGCAUUCACCAGUGAUCACAUCGAGACUUUGUAUGAACUAGAUAUUGAAUACUCUCAAGUUUUAGCCAAGAAGUGUGGAGUUGAGAACAUCAGAAGAGCGGAGUCUCUUAAUGGAAAUCCAUUGUUCUCUAAGGCCCUGGCUGAUCUGGUGCACUCACACAUCCAGUCCAACAGGCUGUGCUCCAAGCAGUUGACUCUGACCUGCCCGCUCUGUGUAAAUCCUGUCUGCAGAGAGACUAAAUCCUUCUUCACCAGCCAGCAGCUGUGACCCUGCCCUGAGGACCCCGUGGGAUUAUGCAAAUACCCAACCUGCACACCCUGUGGUGUGGAGGAGGAUGCUACUUAGAGAUCCAGCCCGGGAAGGAAGGCGCACACACUCAUGCCCAGCCUCGCCCCUCUCCCUCCCCGCCCUCUCAGGCUUCUCUGUGUAGCACAGCCUGGCCUUCCAUUCUAGGCCCUCCUGCCCCCACCUCCUGAAUGCUAAGACGACAAGCGUGUGAAGCAAUGUGGCUUCUUUAGAAAUGGACCCCACACCCUUACCGUGGGAUUUCAGUUGUCAUAUUCCUGAGCAGCGAGCUUUUACAAUCCUCCUCUCUGGGCAAAUGCACCAGGCCACAGUGUCCGCCGAGACACUCAAGAAGUGAGUGCUAUAAUUUUUGUCUUAUGAAACAUACACCUAUUUUGCAAACAUGCUUUGCUUUUAUUGCCCAAAACAACCUCUCAAAAGUAUAGAAUCCCUGUGAUGAGCUGCCAGUGUGAGUGAGAUCUCUUUAUAGCCUCCUGCAUAUAGCUGUAGUUUCUUAAGUGAAUGCAGUUGAAUUUAUGAAAUAUAACUUGUAAGGAAAACGUUGGACUGAAGGUGGUGUGCCGUCCUUCCAUGUGCCCUGGCUUUGAUCCCUAGCGUCACACAGUCACACUCACACACACACCGGACUGAAGGUGGUGUGCCGUCCUUCCAUGCGCUUUGGCUUUGGUCCCUAGUGUCACGCACACCCAUGCACGCACAUGCAGAUACUCUUUCCUUAAGCCGGGGUAACAGAACGUGGGUCAGUCAGUGUGACCGCCUGCUGUGGCUGCUAUGUCAGGCCACAUCUGUUGGUUCUCGUGCCUGUGAGGGUACUUUCCUUCCCCAGAAUGGAUUAAAACGUAAACCUGAGAAGUGCUCUGAGACCCCACAGACACACAGGCUUACGCACGUGUAGAACCCCCAUGUGUACCAUGUGAGCCUUGGUUUGUGCCCAUGGUACCCUGGUGAAGGGGGCUCAUCUGCUUCCUGUUUCCAAGAAUUACUGAUGGCCUUCGUCUUUCAACCUCCCUGGAGCCUCAGAAGCCUUUCUGUACAGCAUCUUGGUCUUCCUUCUGUACAUUUAUCUAAGAAGUGAAAAGACCAGUAUAUUUUCUAACCUUGAAUGUUCUUUGUUUACAAAUCUUGUUAUAAAAAUGACGUAUCCAUAGACUAGGACAUUGGACUCUACAUUAACUCUAUAAUGUUCUUUGUAUUUAAAGAAAAGCUUAUUUGUCACAAAUUUAGUCAACAUCUUAUAAUUGAACAUGUAUGAGUGCUGCCUAGAUAGAUGUAGUCACAGUAAACAUAUCUAUGAUCUGAGGUUUUGUUUUUAUUUUGAAAUGGGGCCUUUCUGUUUACAAGUUCAUUAAAAACUAAAAACUUUCUAUAAGAAAAAAAGGGACAUUGGAAAAUAUGGAAAAGAAAAAGGACAGCUCAGUGCCACCAGUAUUAUCAUUUUAUUAUGCUAUUCAGACCAGUCUUUCUCCUUUGGCUAUCCUCCAUGCCAUUGUCACCUUGAAUUUGUGAGUGAAAAGUCAUUCUAAAAAUGUAGAAAUUACAUCAGAUAAGACUCUGAUCUUCUGUAUUGGAUUUAAAUGGAUUAGAAAGUCUGGUGGAUCUAUGAAGAAUUUUUAAUGAUCCUCUGUCCUUCCCUAAAACUUUGUUCAUGAAAAGCAUAUUCCUUUAAUUUUUUUAAAGCCCGUUCAUGAAGUGGAAGUAAUUAGGGGAUUCAUAGAUCUUCUAUACUCAGGAUUUACUGUUAAUAAAUAUGACAUCAUUAA